AUGUUCUUUCUGAGCUGUUCGUUCCUUCUCGUGGCUGUGCCGACAACACUCGUCCAUGGCGGAGGCCAAGAGUACUAUGGACCCGGUCUCGGAGGAAUGUCCUAUCACCCUUAUCCAUCGAGAAGUGCCUACAUCCCAACGCGGGGAGCCUCUCCGUUAGGACCCCUUCCAGUGAGAGAGCCACCCUACUCGAAGCAUUUCCAGCCACUUCUGCACGACUUCCACACUCCAGUACAGAAAACUCUCGGGGUCCCUCAGCAGUUCCCGGUCAAGGAAACCGGCCUCACCGGUGCCUACCCAGGUCAUCUGAACCCAGCAGCAGGUCGGGUGCACCCAUUGAGCGGAGGCUUAAUCGGAAUACACGAUGCCGCACGUGGCUUCGUACCCCAAGGUGCUUUCAACGGCCUGCACGAUCCAAUCAGAAGCCUGGGUCCUCACGGCGCGUACCCUGGAGGGCAUCAGGAACCGAUCAGGAAUGUCGCACCCCACGGUGCCCUCGGUGGGGUACCCCUCAAGGAUGUGGGGGCCCACGGCGCUUUCGAUGGUCUCGCGCGGCCGCUACCACCGCAAGUGAAGGAUAUCGACAUCAGCACCGCUUCUGUGCCAAACGCUCUCGCGAACAAGAACAUCGCACUUCCCAAUCCAGCCGCGGGGACCCUGACCAAGGAUACGCUGCACAGCUCUGGCUUCGGUGCUUAUCCGAGUCAGAUCAACCAGGACAUUGGAUACCCGGGCCACGGUGCUUUCAAUGGACCGUACUAUCCUAAGGAAGCUCUCGGACAUUUCACUGAUCAGGGCUUCACUCACGGUUUCGGGAAUGAGGGAUUCGGUGCUCACGGGAUAUCAGAACCUUUCCUCACGCCUAUCGGUCGCUUCAGCGGCGGCUACGAGUACCAAAGAGUGCCCCUAGCGCUAGUGCAAGGCAGAUUCGUAGGACAUCGUUUCGGUACUCCAGUUGUUCACGGGAUCGUGAAAGCUGGUGUUCCGGUAUCUCUAGCCAGAGGAUGGUGAAAUCGAGUUUUUUGACGAACUGGAGCUCGGAAAUGUAUUGGCGCUCUCCUGCCCCUGAGAAGAUUAAGGUGUACAUACUCAAACUAUGCUUGUUGUAUUUAAUAAAGAUGGCGUUCAGUACUUCC